AUGGCGACUCUAGAGCUUGACGGCCAUGUUGUCCACAGCGAGGCGGAAUGGCGGCUCAGAGCGACGUCCUCCAAGGAGGCGAGCGAGAGGGCCCGCCAAGGCCGCCUGGAGGCCGAAGCCGAGCGGCGCCUGGCUGAGAAAGAACGUCAGGAACGUGCGGCCGAGUGCCUCAGCUGGAAGGAGAAAUAUCUGCUGGUGGAGCACCAGAUCAGAACCCAGGAGGACAUGAAGGCUUUGAGGCAGAACAAAAGUUGCCAAGCCCACAUCCAGACCUACUUCCUCUGCGUGACCGAGAGCGACCAGCGAGUGAAAAUUCUCAAAAAUCACCACGGCACACCCAGAAGCAUCAUGGUUACGUUUUUCUCUGCACCUAAACUUUUGAUGCGGACCAAAAAGUUCUUCACAGUUCUUUUUUUUAGGCAGGACAGAGUUCCUCAUGUCUGUCUUUAUGAUCCAGGAGGGUGACCCGGUCUACAUCUCAACAGCAGAGUCCAACA